AUUUAAUAGAUUAAUAUUUUUUUCCUAUUUAGCUGAUUAUUAUAAUAAUUGUAUUAUGAACAUAGAGUAAAAUGUAAAUAAUAACUAACGCCGUCCGGUUGUUACCUUCCGGCGGACUUAAUUAUAAAUUACCUUUUAAACAAUUACUUAUUCUUAGUGAUUACUUGUUAAAAUACAAGUUAAAUGCCAUAUGAAUUAAUAUUAUAUAAUUUGAUACAUAAUUGUAAUAUUUAGUGUCUUGAUUUUAUUGUCGGUUACUUUUUGAAUUCAUCCGAACGUAUAAAAGAUCGUUGUAGCACGUAUGCAGAGCAGUUGAAUUGUAACCUCUGGUCUGAACAUAAGUAAAGCGGAACUUAGAAAUAUAGUGUGCCUAAUAUAAAAGUGUCGUUUUGCUGCCGGCAUCCACCCUGACUAUACCACAUCAACAUAUCAGAAGUGGGAUUAUGUCCGGCCCAUUUAUUGAUGGCAUCGGCGUAAAGAAAAGGAGGUAUGUUGAAUCUUUGUCUUCUAACGAUAACGAAAACCAAGAUUUUUUUUCUUCAUCUGAUGACGAAGAUUCUUCUCGCAAACAAUACAAACGGAAAAGGCGACGAGUGACUCAAAUAGACGCUGAAGUUAUCCCGACUUUCCGACCGGAUGAAAAAACUAGUAACGUGAAAGGGUGGUUGCAUAAAAUCGACCAGUUGGGGGAUGUGUAUAACUGGGACAAUACGGAUCGUCAGUUUAUUAUGCAGAUACGCCUUCGGGGUUCCGCAAGGGAAUGGUACGACGACUUGGAGGAUUAUAAUCUUACAUGGAGUGAGUGGAAAAAUGCUUUAGAAACUGCAUUUCCGCGUUCUACGGACUAUGUAGAUCUUUUAGAAGUUAUGCUUGCAAGAAAGAAAUCCGACAGCGAAACUAUGACGAAAUACUUUCACGAUAAAAUAUCCUUACUGAAGAAAUGUCAUAUCAUAGGCGAGGCGGCGAUUUCAUGUGUCAUCAGGGGAUUACCGGUUGAAAUAAGAGCCAACGCAAAAGCUUUCCAAUGCGACACACCGCAGCAGCUUUAUUACGGAUAUUUAUCAUCACUCGAAAACUAUAAGCAAAUAGAAGCUCCUAGCAGUCUUAAACGCCAAAGUACGUCGUGGAAGAGAGGUAGUGAUGUCGCAUCGAGCUCACGGGAAAAUGACUGUUUGCCCAAGAAGUGCUACGCUUGUAGAAGACAAGGACACGAAGCCAAGGACUGCAGAGUUCCACGGUGUGAAAUCUGUCAUCGUCCAGGCCACACGUCUUCCACCUGUUGGUAUGCUACCAGUUCAUCUCGACAACAGCAGAAGAUGCAGCAACUCCACGAAAAACCAGCAUCAAGUAACAUGGCCGAUCGCCGUGGGACACGGCAAACUCAGGAUGGCCGAAUGUUAUCGACUUCCGGUCCUAGCUUCAGCAGUACAUAACAUAAUAUUUAAUAGAUUAAUAUUUUUUUCCUAUUUAGCUGAUUAUUAUAAUAAUUGUAUUAUGAACAUAGAGUAAAAUGUAAAUAAUAACUAACGCCGUCCGGUUGUUACCUUCCGGCGGACUUAAUUAUAAAUUACCUUUUAAACAAUUACUUAUUCUUAGUGAUUACUUGUUAAAAUACAAGUUAAAUGCCAUAUGAAUUAAUAUUAUAUAAUUUGAUACAUAAUUGUAAUAUUUAGUGUCUUGAUUUUAUUGUCGGUUACUUUUUGAAUUCAUCCGAACGUAUAAAAGAUCGUUGUAGCACGUAUGCAGAGCAGUUGAAUUGUAACCUCUGGUCUGAACAUAAGUAAAGCGGAACUUAGAAAUAUAGUGUGCCUAAUAUAAAA